AUGUUCUCCGAAGAAAAUCAAAGCCUAAAUCAUCGCCAAGGAGGCAAUUUUCUGGAGUUAAGAGAAAGUCUCCUGGAGCAGUUCCAACCGCUGCAAGAAAGACUUUGCCUCGCCCUAGAAGAAUCCCAGGAGAUAUUGGAUCAAUUUAACAAAAAUGCGAGCCUCGCGGUCGUUUACAAUGCCUCGAUGAUCAGUGUCAAUCUUAUGAAAGGGAUAGAUGCUAUCUUUGGUUCUCCAAGCCCGAAAAUCAUCCAGCUCGAAGAUGGUACGAUGCAGAGGACCAUCACUUGGCUGGAUGUUAUGAAUGCAGACAGAUCCAAAAUCGAAUUCAAGGAAGCCGAAGUCUAUCAUUAUUAUCUGCAUGACUUCAACGCUACUGCGGAGUUGUCAGAUUUCCAGCAUAAUAUGAUGAUUUCCGGCCUACCACAUAAAUUGAUUCAACCUUGGUACUACAAGAGAGAUGUCCAAACAGAGUUAUAUACACUGUCGUUCACUGCCGAGAUGGUUGCAAUUUCGAACCAACUUGCAUCAAAAGUUUUGGAGCAGGCCCAGCAUGAUCAAGGCUUAGGUUACGCGGCAGUUCCCAAUAAAAAGACUCUAGUCGAGAAAGCAUGGUCAUCCCUGAAGGAGCUCAAAAGAGCGCAUCGCAUGUGGCGCAGGAGGAAAUUCCGAAGUAGCCUUCCCGGCAAGCUUACUAGACGGAGUUUCCAGGGUAGGAAAACAAUGCCAGCUUCUAGGAUGAUGGCGAAUAAACUGCUCGGACGAGCCCCCUUGAGAAUGGGCCAGAGGAAAAGGCUACAUAGCCGAAAUGGUCGGCGAGUCACCCUUCCAGAUGCACCGUUGUGGAUGCCCGCGAAAGAUUCUGAAAAACGACAGAGUCUUAGUUGCCAACCGGGGCCCCUGAUGGAGCAUUGCUAUCCACAAACAGAGAAUUUCAACCAUACCUGUCUGCAUCAAAAUCCUAGCGAGGAGAGCGGAAACCGCAGACAAUCCCUUGAGGAAGCGAGAAAUGAAUGUGGCAAGACCUGUUAUGAUCGGCAAAAUAGCCUCCCAGAACUACGGCCAAGUAUCGUGAGCCCAUCCAACGACAGGGAGAAGCUGGCUGAACAUGACUUAUUGGUCAGGAGGCCCACGCCUCUGGAUCCAGAAGCUGAAGCCAUGGAAGGCCAGAGCAAUACUGGCAUAGGACGCUACGGUACAGGAGGAAGUACCGAUCUACGGGACGGAAAUGAUGAACGCGUGUCAGUGCUGACAGACCCAGUCAACAACACAGGUCUCACCUUUCAUGGUAACACUGUGACCGAAAAUUGUCAACCACAAACAGUAUCUCGAGAUUUCCCAAAGACGUUUUCGAGCCCUUACCCCACAGAGACUUUGAAACAUAGCGAAGCUGCCGUUUGCCAGGCGCCAGGCGGGUCCAAUCUGCCGGAUGGAGUCCCAUAUUCUGCGACACGUCAAUUGAAUGCUUCGCGCACUUCUACACAUGGCGGGAGAAAAGGCGCACCAAUUCCUGAAUCACAUAUAGAGGUCCAGAUUAUAAAUAGACCUCAAGCAGCUGAUAGAGAAAAAGCCAGAUCCCGCAAUCGUCGAUGGGCAACCCAGGACCUGGAGCGCUUACCAUUCUGGUUUAUGCAAAGAAGACAUUUGAAUAAGGAAGAGAUCCAAGCUGAGUUCCUGGCAGAUUUUCAACAUGAGAAGAGCUUUGGAGCAAUUCAUACUGCUUUCAAACGACAAAUGAGGAUGUACCACGAGACAAGCCACGCAAACAGGAUGCCACAUUUUGUUCGAGAUAUUGGUCAACCAGGCGACAUUGUCGCAGCCGAUAACUUCAUGCAUCCAGCGUCACAACUCGGAGAUGGACAACUUUAG